AUGCUGGCGCUGUUCUUCCUAUUCAGGGCUGCCGCGGGCCUGGCCCCGGCGCCCAGCACCACCUCGCGCACCUAUCUGGGCUCCCUGAGCACUCCCGCCACAGCUGACGCCGAGGCCGCCGAGGCGCGCACCGCGCCCGCCGAGGCCGCCGCCGCCCCCGCGCGGCGGCGCCGGCCCCUGGGCCGCGCCGCCGAGGCGCUGCGCGAGAAACGCGCGGCCGAGGCGCCGUAUCUUGACGGUCUCGAUAGGCGGCAGUGGCUCACCACGACCUUCGCGCGCGAGCGCGGCGAGGCGGGCCGCUACCUCGCGACGCUGAACGAGCGCGGCGCGGCGAACAAGCUCGACGAGCUGCGGAGCCGCGAGGCGGCGACCACCGAUUAUUACUUGGAAGGCUUGGAUCGACGUGGCUGGACGGCGACGGCGUUCAGCCAAGAACUCGCGCGGCGCGAGCGCGAGCGGCGACGGGAAUCGUUGACGGUGGCGCGGAAGCCCUCUGUCGUCUCUCUUGUCGAGGAUGCGCCGCCGGUACUCGCCCCUGCCGUGGAGAUCUACGCGAGCGACCUGCCCGCGACUGUAGAUGUGGCUAGCAUCGAGGCCGCCGCGAGCGCGAUCGAGCUCGUCGCCAUCACCGACCAAAUGAAUGAUGCGGUAAGUGAGGUCCUGGAAGAGGCCGCCCUCUCGAUACCAGAAGACGAGGAGUCAAGCUUGGCCUGGAAGGGCGCCAUGCUCUUCGUGACGGUCGCGUGGGCCACGAACUUCGCCGUGACCGCCUAUGCUUGUGCCGACAUCUCGGCGAGUACCAGUUUAGGUGCGUCCGAGGCGGCUGCCGUCUUUGUGGUGUUGCGGUUCGCGGCGGCGGCUCUCUCGACAUUACCUUGGUUAAUUGCUUCCUCUACCAAGGAAGCCGCGAUAGCCGGCGCGAAAGUAGGUGCGUUGUACGCUGUCGGUUAUGGUGCCCAAGCGGCGGCCUUGGCCCACGGCUUUCCCGCGGCGAACGCGGCGUUCGUCUGUUCCCUACAAUGUGUCGCAGUAGCUCUACUAGCCAAAGGGCAAACGCCUCCUCGGACAAUAGUAGGGCUGAUCCUAGCGAUCUCGGGCGUCGCGUGCUUGGAGUUGUUGGGUGCCAACGGCGGAGACUUCGACCCCGUCGGUUUAGCAUUAGCGUUGGGCCAGCCGUUAGCUUUUGGGGCCUCGUACGUCGAGCUCGAGCGGGCGACGCGGGAUCACCCCGACGACGCCUUGGCGAUGACGGCGCUGCAAUGUUUAGCUAUCUUCGGUGCGGGUGUGGGGGCCUUGGCGGCCAUGGAGGGUUUCGAUGGUGCUUUGAGUGAUGUGCUGGCCACCGUAAAUCACUUGGACGCGCCUUUAGCAGCUUCCGUAGCAUGGACUGGAGUGAUCAGUACAUCAUUUACGAUCUGGCUGUGCACGGAGGCGUUCAAGCACCUGCCUUCAGUCGAUGCGUCGUUGAUCUUGACGUCGGAGCCGCUCUGGGCGGCGCUCGUGGCCGCGGCUCUGUUAGGCGAGCGGUUCUCGGCCGGCGACGCGUUAGGUGGAUUGCUCAUCGUGCUCGCCGUGGCGGUGAACGACGAGCUCAUCCGCGUGCCAGGCCGCAUGUGCCUCGCGCCGCACUGCGUCGUCGAGGAAGACGAGUGA